AUGAAUGGGGAUGGAAACAUGAAGCAAACCGGUGGUUUACAGCGAUAUUUUCGGGGCAAGGGUGUAUACCAGCGAGAGGAUUCAGAUGACAGCAGUAAUCAAAGUAGUUCAGAAGAAAGUGAAGAAAAUGAAUCAGAGGAAAGUGAGCAGGGUAUGCCGAUAAUGAAAGUGAAGUUUCAAAAGAAGGCUAAGUCGAGUGAUAAGAGAACAGUUGAGGGAGUGGUAGGGAACGAAAUUGGUAAAGACGAGAAACAUGAGCAAGAAACUAAAAAAGAUACAGAGAUAGAACAUUCAUUUGAAGAAAGCAAUUCGGAUAUGGAAAGCGAUUCGGAUACGAAAGGCAAUGCAGAUACCGAAAGCAAUCGAGAUUCAGAGAGUGAUGAGAGCUCCGAAAGCUGCAGUUCAGAAAGUUCGGGCCAAGAAAUUAUCCAUGUAUCAAAGAAAGUGAGGUUUCAACGAAAGAAAAGAACAGCGAAUACUGGUAAAAGCGAUGAUAGUGAGGAUUUACAGAAAGAGAAAUCCAGGAAAAUAUUGAAAGGGAUCAAACGGAACAUGGCUGAAGUUGACAGGGAAGAUAUGGAGCAAAAACUUAGGGGAGGAUGGGGAAAAAUUGAAGACCAAAUAGUUGCACACCUAGAUGAUAACGAUGAAGCAAGCCCCAAAUUAGAGUAUGAGCAGUGGAAAAAGAGGGAGAUGGCAAGACUAUGGAGAGAAAGAGAGGAGAUGAUUAAGAGAGAGAAGAUGAUGGGAUAG